GCACUGCCCUUCCCAAGACAGUAAACAAGAAUCGGGGUAAUGCGACCAGCCAUGUGGUGUAAAAUAAUCAAAGAUUUUUGUCUGUGUCUGGUGCUGGGCUUCGUUCCCAGGGCUUUUGUUUUUGGUCUUCUUUCUCGGGGUUUUGAGAGGAAAUCAGGCAGACAGGCAAAAACAAGCAAAGGAAAACUUGGGAGGUCGAGGGCCGCGAUAUUUAUACAAAUGCUCUUCCGUUGUCGAUGAUUCUAGAAUCUUGUAGCAGAGCUGAUGGUGUUGGAUUCAUUCUUGAUUAAUGGACAAAAGAGUAAAAUGUGAGAUCUCAGUUCAAGGAAUUCUUCCUUCGUUGUUACUUCAUUUAAUUGAUUUUGGUACAGUGAUGCAUCGCUGAAUCAUACCUAGUCAUAAAGAACACACAAAUUUCCUUGUCUCCCAUCAAAAUGCCAUUCACAAAGCUUGAUGACUCUCCUAUGUUCAGCAAGCAGAUACAAUGCCUGGAGGAAAGUGCUGAAUUUUUAAGAGAGAGAAGCUUAAAAUUUUACAAAGGGUGUAGAACUUACAGCGAAAGACUUGGGGAGGCAUAUGAUGGAGACAUCGCAUCUGCUAGUUCCCUGGAAACAUUUGGUGGAGGGCACAAUGACCCUAUGAGUGUGGCUUUUGGGGGCCCUGUUAUGACCAAAUUCACCAUAGCCUUGAGAGAAAUUGGGACAUACAAGGAAGUCCUUCGCUCCCAGGUUGAGCAUAUGUUAAAUGACAGAUUUUUUCAGUUUGUCAAUAUUGAUUUGCAAGAGGUUAAGGAAGAACGAAAACGCUUUGACAAGGCUUGCCUUAUUUAUGACCAGGCUCGUGAAAAGUUUCUGUCACUGAGAAAAGGCACGAAAAGUGAUGUUGUCACUGCCCUAGAAGAGGACCUUCGUAAUGCAAGAUCUGCAUUCGAGCAAGCACGGUUUAAUCUGGUUACUGCCUUGUCAAACAUUGAAGCAAAGAAGAGAUUUGAAUUCUUGGAAGCAGUCAGUGGGACCAUGGAUGCUCAUCUUCGUUACUUUAAGCAGGGGUAUGAAUUGUUGCACCAAAUGGAGCCUUAUAUCAACCAGGUCCUGACUUAUGCUCCGCAAUCAAGAGAAAGGUCCAACUAUGAGCAAGCAGCUCUCAAUGAAAGAAUGCAAGAGUACAAACGGCAGAUUGAUCGAGAGAGUAGAUGGUCUUCAAACGGCUCUAAUGGGUCUCCUAAUGGAGAUGGUAUACAAGCCAUUGGUAGAAGUUCACAUAAAAUGAUAGAGGCAGUUAUGCAAUCUGCUGCAAAGGGAAAGGUUCAAACUAUUCGACAAGGUAAUAUUGUCAGGUCUGUCACAUUGGACGUUAAAGUUUGGGAACCUUCUGUGAUAAGUUUGUUUCAAUCUCUUGGAAAUACUUAUGCCAACACAGUCUGGGAGGAACUAUUGGAAUUGCAGAGUUCCUUUCAGGAUGAUCUUGUCCCCUCAGGCUUAAACAAGUCUGAUAAAUCACAGAUGCUUUUGAUCAGAAAACCUUGCCAAUCCGAUCCUCUCUCUGUAAAGGAAAAAUUUAUUCAAGCGAAGUAUGCAGAGAAGCUUUUUGUUCACAAGCGAAAGGACAGUCAAUACUCUUUCUUGGUGUCACAACGGAUCUGGGAGGCUGUUCAUACUAACGACAAAAAAACUGUAUACUGCUACCUUGUUAAUUCUGACAUUGACAUUAAUGCUGGUUACAAGCAAACAUGCAGUAAUUCUUUAACCCUUGCCAAAGUAAUGUUACAAGGGCAGGCAAGCCAGGACCACUGUUCUACAUUAACUGGGAAUUCAUUGGAUUGGUCCCUUCCUUGCUCUUUGAACUUGAUGGGUAUUAAAGAAGGCCAGACAAUAGAUAAUUUAGACGGUUACACCCUACUUCACCUUGCUUGUGAAACUGCAGAUAUUGGUAUGUUGGAGCUCCUGCUACAGUAUGGUGCAAAUAUUAAUGCAACUGAUUUUAGAGGUCAAACUCCACUACAUCACUGUAUUCUCAAAGGCAGAUCUGCAUUUGCAAGAUUGCUUCUUUCAAGGGGAGCUGAUUCAAGAGUUGUGGAUAAGAUAGGAAGGAACCCUAUUGAGCUUGUUGUACAGUCAAAUUUUAACGACACAGAGGUCCUCACUCUGUUGUCUGAUUCAAAUGGAUGA